CAAAAGGCGCGAGGUUUUUUAAUCUGUGGAACCGGCCGGUCUGUGGUCUCUGUCCCGGCCGGCGAAGGAAGCAUUUCCCGCGGCUCGAUCAUCGGCGGAGUUGAGCCUUGAGCAGACAUCACCAUGUGUGGUAUUUGGGCCCUUUUUGGAAGUGAUGGAUGCCUAGCCGCUCAGUGCCUAUGUGCUAUGAAAAUAGCCCACAGAGGUCCAGAUGCUUUUCGCUUUGAAAAUGUCAAUGGAUUCAUCAAUUGCUGUUUUGGCUUCCAUCGUCUGGCGAUUGUUGAUCAGCUGUAUGGAAUGCAACCUCUGAGGGUGAAAAAGUUUCCCUACUUGUGGCUGUGUUACAAUGGAGAAAUCUAUAACUACAAACAGCUGCAGAAACAGUUUGAUUUUGAUUACCAGACCUUAGUAGAUGGGGAGGUAAUCCUUCAUCUUUACAACAAAGGGGGAAUAGAGGAAACAGCAUCCAUGCUUGAUGGUGUAUUUGCAUUCGUUUUGCUUGACACUGCAAAUAGAAAAGUCUUCCUGGGGAGAGAUACGUAUGGAGUCAGACCGUUAUUUAAAGUCCUGACUGACGAUGGAUUCCUAGGAGUUUGCUCUGAGGCUAAAGGUCUUAUCAACUUGAACCACAGCAUGUCCCUUGUGCCAAAAGUGGACCCUUUCCUUCCGGGUCACUAUGAAGUGUUGGAUUUGAAGCCAAGUGGCAAAGUGGCAUCGGUGGAAGUGGUCAAAUUUCACAGCCCAAAAGAUGAACCUCUGCACGCUGCCUACAGUACAAUACAAAAUCUACCCUCAGGUGCUGAUACCGAGACAGUGAAAAGCAACAUUCGGCUUUUGUUUGAAAAUGCAGUCAGAAAACGUUUGAUGGCUCACAGAAGAAUUGGUUGCCUCCUAUCGGGUGGCUUGGAUUCAAGUUUGGUGGCUGCAGUGCUUGCUAAACUGAUGAAAGAACAAAAGAUGACCUACCCCUUGCAAACCUUUGCGAUUGGCAUGGAAGAUAGUCCUGACUUGCUGGCUGCGAGAAAGGUGGCAGCUCACAUUGGAACUGAACAUCACGAGGUCAGUUUUAACUCCGAAGAAGGGAUCCAGGCACUUGAAGAUGUGAUAUUUUCCUUGGAAACAUACGAUAUCACAACGGUGCGAGCUUCAGUGGGUAUGUAUCUGGUCUCCAAAUAUAUCAGAAAGAAAACGGACAGUGCAGUCAUUUUCUCAGGAGAAGGUUCAGAUGAGCUGACACAAGGCUACAUCUAUUUCCAUAAGGCACCCACAGCUGAAGAGGCUGCGGAGGAAAGUGAGAGACUCCUUAGGGAGCUCUACCUGUUUGAUGUUCUCCGUGCCGAUAGGACAACUGCUGCGCAUGGUCUUGAACUGCGAGUACCGUUUUUGGAUCAUCGGUUUACUGCUUAUUACCUGUCUCUGCCAGCAGAACUCAGAACACCAAAGAAUGGAAUCGAAAAACAUCUCUUAAGAGAGGCCUUUGAAAAUACCAACUUACUGCCCAAAGAAAUACUCUGGAGACCCAAAGAAGCCUUCAGCGACGGCUUAACUUCUAUCAAGAAAUCAUGGUUCUCAAUGCUCCAAGACUAUAUUGAUGGCCAGGUUGAUGACCUUCUCUUGGAGAAGGCAGCGGAGAAGUUUCCCUUCAAUCCUCCCAAAACAAAAGAAGGUUACUACUACCGCCAGAUCUUUGAGAAGCACUAUCCGGGGCGUUCUGAUUGGCUCCCCCACUACUGGAUGCCGAGAUGGAUCAAGGCCACCGAUCCAUCUGCUCGCACGUUGAAACAUUACAAGUCGGCGACGAAAGAAUAGAUGGUUCUCUGCUAGUGGCUUGUUCACAUGUAGUUCUUUCGGGCCUAAAAGGGAAAGCAAGAAAACUAAGCUUUUUUAAAAAAAUAAUAAUAACAUAAAUGUAUUGAAUCCUUCAGAAAAAAACGGGCUCUCCUGCUGAUUUUUAACCUAUUGCCAAAGUUGAGACUUUCUGUUGUGUUUAGGUGCACUUUACAACCAGUAUAUUCCAAAAUUAAUCUAUAAAACCAAUGGGACAACAUCAGGACUCUCCUGUUGACACAGCCUUUGGCUACAGUCCUACAUGCAAGUAGCCUGUUUGAAUCCCACUGAUUGAAAUUUAAGCAGUUUAACAAUGCUCAGGAUUUCAGCCUUAAGAACAUAAGAGCCUUGCUGGAUCAGCCCAAGGGUCCAUCUAGUCCAGCACUCUGUUCACACAGUGGCCAACCAGCCAUCGGCCAGGGACCAACAAGGCAGGACAUGGUGCAACAGCACCCUCCCACCCAUGUUCCCUAGCAACUGGUGCGCACAGGCUUACUGUCUCGAAUA